AUGUCUUCCCCCUUCUUCGGCUCAAGGCCUCGAAAUACUCGACACAUGCGGAAGACAGGCUUGCCGCAGAGUUGGCUUUGCGAGUUCUGCAAGAAGACGUACCAUAGAUCAGAUGUUCUCAGGCGGCACUAUGUGUCGUGUCCACACAGAAACGGUCGACAGAUCCCAGAUCGGUUGCCCAGAGGCAGGAGAAAGCAGGCUUGUGAUCUCUGCGCUAGGACCAGAGUAUCCUGUGAUCUAGACUCACCUUGCGAGAACUGUCUCUUCUCUGGGUCCUGCUGCACCUAUUUGAGAACCGAGCGGACCGCUAGAAGCCCAUCGACGCUGAGCACAGGCAACUACGGCAGCCUGAGGUCGGCGCCGAGGCAGAUAUCAAAUGAAACAGGCUCAACCAGCCACAAAAUCCGUAUCUCCUUCCUGCUGAACUGGAGCAGUCCGACCAGCGGCCUCACCGACACUUUCAAGCGAUCAAGCGAUGAUGUCGCCGUCCACGCAAACACUCGCUCUCAGAGUCAGGAUGACACAACGUUUUAUUGCAAAGCUGGAGGCAGUGAAUCUUACGGUUACUCACCAUCCUGGCUUAGCUUAGUCAUCCCGCUGACCUCGCCACACACAGAUUACCUGCCGCUAUUCUUGACUCCCGACAAUUCCCUAAUCAACCUGGAGCUAUGCGCAGAUGCCAGUGCACUCCCUUUUCCGUCGUCUGAGCUGGGCAUGCACGAUCAGCUCUCCUCCACCGCUUUUCUAUCUCUCAUGGAUGGGAGUCAGUAUCCGGAUCAACUCGUGGGCAUGGAUAGGAAUAUCUCAAUAGAACUAGCGGAUCAGUUGACUGCACUAACAUUGUCUCUUCCACACGAUCAUCCAGAGCACGCCCCAAGCAUCCAUCUCGCCCUUGGCAUGCGAACUCUAACACAAAACAACAUCUCAAUAUUUCUGCAGCUCUAUUUCCAGCACUGGAACCGCCAUAGUCCGGUCGUACAUCCGGGCACCUUUGGUGUUUUCAGAACACCCUUGCCUUUGCUUCUGGUCAUGACGCUUACGGGAGCUUUGUUCUCUUUGGCACCCGGCGCAGUUACUACUGCCCGGUCAAUGCUCGAGCUUGCAGAGGAAUUUGCAUUCAGUGACCCAGAUUUCCAGAGGAUCGCGUCUGGCAUUUUCCCAGAAGGACUUGAGCAGCGUCGACGAGCCCUAAAAGCCCUUCAGGCAGCGUUCUGUGCUGUACAGUUGCAGCUUCGGGAGGGCACAACCUGGAAGAGAAAAUGUAUGCGGACAGUCCGAUUUGAUCAGAUCAUCUCCGCUGUCCGAACAAUGGCGCUUCACAAUGGGGACUUCCUGUUGCCCGACAAUUCAACUCAAGAGACAGGGAUUUCUAGCUGGUAUCGUUUCGCUGAAAACGAGUCUCGCUUGCGGCUUCUCUGUGGCAUCUUCCACCUUGACGUGGCCAUUAGUACUAUCUAUGGCGAGCGGCCUCGAUUGUUCUACCAUGAGCUGCAUGUCGGCAUGCCAUGCUCGCCCAAUGUAUUCAUGGCAGAGACUGUCGGUGCAUAUUACGAGGCGCUCGCAUGUGAAACGGGAACCGGUUGUUAUUCAUUGCCCGGUACCAUCGCGGCUUUCGCCGGCAACCGCACGGACCUCCUUCCGGACACCGAGUCUUUCAACCUGUUGUACUUGUUUUCAGUUCUCUUUGGAUUGAUACAGAUCAUCCAGAGCCAUCUCCAUUGCGACAGCUCAGUAGAGCUAGGAUGUAGACUCGGGAAAGGUCUCCAACUCUGGAAGGCGAAAUGGGAUGCAUCGAUACUUCAGAUAGGUCCAAGCCAACUUGAAACAAGCGGAUUCCUCAAAGAUGCUGGACCAGAAUUUUGGCAUUUCGCUUGCUAUCUGCUAACAACCAGAGGGGAGACGGCACCUUUGGAGCCAGAGGCAAAUCCUUCUUCAACUUCAGAAGCGAGCAACAUCUUCAAUAGGUUUCUCCAAAGCGUGAAAGCACUGAGGUAA